AUGGAUUCGAUUUUGCUGAACUUUACCAGUUUAUGCAAAUAUUUCACCAAGAUAUCACUGUCACAAUUACCGGAAGUAAAAUAUUACAAUGAUACAUACGAUUGGAAUUUUGUAUCAAUUGCCGAAUUGGCUCUGAGUGAUUUAUCAUCAAGCAAUUCUCAUCAAUUAAUUGUUGUAUUAUCAAUUGCGAAUCAAUUUGGUCAUAUUCGGAUUGCUAACGAAAUCUUUGGAUCUAAUAGUGCAUCCCGAUAUCAAAAAGUUCACAUAUAUACUGGCCAAAUUUACCCCGGCCAUGUUCAAUUUUAUUUUGAACAUACAAUUCAGCUUCCAAUUGGUACCAAGACACCAAAUGAGAAGAAAUGA